GUAUGUCUCAUUGCACCACCGUCUGCAUAUGUGCUUUUGGACUUUAUUAGUGUUUUGCUGUUAUUGCCCGUAACUGUGAGUGGGAUAAUGUUUUAGAAUCCUGAAGAAUCCAAAGUUUUGGAAUUUUGGAGCUCCAGAAUUUCGACAAUGAGCUUGUAAGAUUUUGGUGCUACCAAAUUCUAGAGUUCUAGAAUUCCAGAAUCCUGAAGUCCCAAAGUCCUAAAAUGUCAUGGCUCUAAAUGUAGAGUCCUAAAGUUUUUGAACACUAAAGUCCUAGGAAUCUAAAGUUUCAGAAUUCUAAAAUCUUAGAAUCCUCGAGACCUAAGUUACAAUGCUCUGAAUUUUUACAAUAGACUUCUAAGAUUUUUAGAAUCCCUAAAAUCAUAGAGUGUUAGAAUUCCAAGGUUCUAGAGUCCUAAAAUGUCUUGGCUUUAGAGUCCUAAAGUUUUUGAACUCUAAAGUCCUAGGAAUCUAAAGUUUUAGAAUUCUAAAAUCUUAGAAUCCUCGAGACCUAAGUUACAAUGCUCUGAAUUUUUACAAUAGACUUCUAAGAUUUUUAGAAUCCCUAAAAUCAUAGAGUGUUAGAAUUCCAAGGUUCUAGAGUCCUAAAAUGUCUUGGCUUUAGAGUCCUAAAGUCUUUGAAUUCUAAAGUUCCAGAACUCUGAAAUCUUAGAAUUGUAAACUCUUAGAAUCCUAGUUUUAGAGUCCUAAAGUUAUAAAAUAUUUAGUACUUUAAAUUUCUACCAUAGAAAGCUUUUGAAAUUUUUAAAGUUCCCAAAUUUCAGAGUGCUAGAAUUCCAAAGUCCUAGAGCUCUAAAGUAUUGAGAUUUUAGAAAACUCUAAGAGUCUUAGAGUCCUAAAGUUUCAGAGCUCUAAAUUUCUACCAUGGACUUCUAAGAUUUUUACAGCUCCAAAAUCCUAGAGUGUUAAGGAAUUCCAGAAGUCCCAGAGUUCUAAAUUUUUAGAACUCUAAAAUCCUAGAAUCCUAAAAUCUCAAUGCCGUCAGAUUAUAGAAUUCUGGAGCUCUAAAGUUUCAGGCUUUCAGAAUUUCAGGAUCUCAAACUCUUUGAUUUUCAAGAACUCUAGGGCUCUAGAACCCUAAAAUCUCAAUGCCCUCAGAUUCUAGAAUUCUGGAGCUCUAAAGUUUCAGGCUUUCAGAAUUUCAGGAUCCCAAACUCUUAGAUUUCCAAGAACUCCAGAGUUCUAGAAUCCUAGAAUCUCAAUGCCCUCAGGUUCUAGAAUCCUAGAAUCCUAAAAUCUCAACGCCUUCAGGUUCUGGAGCUCUAAAGUUUCAGGCUUUCAGAAUUUCAGGAUCCCAAAGUGCCAGGCUUGCAAAAACUCUAG